GCAUUGCUUUGAAGCUCUAGAUAGAAGUAUGAGAGAUAUACUUUCUUGCUGUCAUGAUGGAAAUCCAAAAUUACCAUUUGGUGGAAAAACAAUUGUUUUUGGUGGAGACUUUAGACAAGUGUUGCCUGUCAUUCCUAAGGGCACAAGGCAGGAUAUUGUUCAAGCAUCUUUGAAUGCAUCACAUUUGUGGCAGUAUUGUACGGUGUUGAAGUUAACAAAAAACAUGAGACUCAAGAACUUCACAAAUGAAUUGGCCAAUCCGAGUAUUUUGAAGCUUUUUGCCGAUUGGAUACUGCAAAUCGGUGAUGGUGUUCUGGGAGAGGGCGAUGAUGGCGAAGCAGAAAUUGAUAUACCAGAAAAUUUUCAUGUUCCAGUAAUGUCUGAUCCCAUUGAAUCUAUUGUCAACACUACUUAUCCAGACUUUUUGAAGAACAUGAACAACAUCUCAUAUCUUGAAGGGAGAGCGAUUCUUGCACCGACAAUUGAUGAGGUAGACAGGAUCAAUGAUUUCAUGUUGCUGCAGAACAACUCAGAGGAAAAGACCUAUUUCAGUUCUGAUUCAGCGUGUUCCUCUACCUCAGACAGUGAGCUCCUUCAAGAAAUCCAUUCUCC